CACGAAGGUCCGCGCUGGCUGGAUAGACAUAUAAGUAACAUCCAGCAACACCAGGUUAUUGACGCCUUCGAACCAGCACAAAACGUUCUAUCCCAAUCCAUGCCUGGCAGGGAGGCGGUAAGUCAGAACUAUUACCGUUAUCAUGACGCGCCGACAAGCCGACGUGUUGACAUUCAUGUUGUAUAACUACCCGGGGGUACAAUAAGUCAUGGCCGAAAUUCCAAGAUAAAAAAACAGUAAACCGAACAACCUACGCCAUGCUUAACCUUGAUACUUCCAGACUGAAGCUACAUCCGUUGUUUGCUCGAAGCUGUCAAGCGUUGGUGUCUUUUGUCGGGUAAGGACCGCUAUCAUCUGACCACAACUAGUCUCUCAACCGAAGAUGCAUGUUGAGGUGUCGGUCGCUCUGAACUUUGUCAUAUCAUAUUUGUACAACAAGUUACCUCGCCGCAGAGUAAACUUGUUCGGCAUCGAAUUGGAAAAGGGAUUAAAGAAGAAAUUCGAAGGCCACUGGUAUCCUGAACGACCCUUCAAGGGAUCGGGGUUCCGCUGUGUUCGGGUGAAUGGGGAGCAGAUAGACCCCGUGAUCGAGAAGGCAGCCGUGGCCAGUGGUAUCGACAUGGAGGAAAUCAAGGGUUACUGGCCUUCAGAGCUCACCCUGUGGAUUGACCCAGCUGAGGUUUCCUACAGGAUUGGAGAGAAGGGUCUUGUCAAAGUCCUCUACAGUGACCGAAAAGAGGAGGAGAUAGUUCAAGACGCCAUGGACAGAGAAAUCCAAGCGGCAAGCCGUAGCUUUAAUCCAGAAGCCCAGUGCUUUAAGCCCAUUGAUUCUCUCUCCUCGUCACUGAACAGUCUCAGCCUUUCCCCUUCCUCGCCGACACCGUCGUCCGGUAGGUGGAGCAGUGCUACUUCCCCUUCAAGCACCCUCUUUACCUCAACCAGCCCGGUGGCACCGCCCAGUAACACCAUACCUGGGUUUUUCACAAAACAGAACAUUGCGCCUCAGUUCACAACUGCGACUUUUGCCCAGACUAAGUUUGGAUCUACAAAACUGAAGACUCAAGCAAAGCGUCCGUCACGUUUGUCCCCGACUGAGUUUGGUAAUUUCUUCCGUCAAAGAUCCGCUGCUCUUCAGGGAGGUGUUCAGCAGAGCAUGCCCACUCGACCACGGUCAUUGUCACCGCGCGAUCCUAGAGUAGAGUUCUACGUGGAUCAACAGCAAAGAAUGAUUAUGGCCCAGCAUUAUCAACAACAACAACUGCAGCAGUUGCCCUCUCCGCUGUCUCCCAGCCAGCCUGCCCAGCCUAAAUUCCCUUCUAACCUGGGACUCCCUUCCACAGGAGACUACUUUGCGUCACAUUUCUCUUCCGGUGGCCUCCCGCAUACCAACACAUCGCUGGGUUUGGUGGAUCUCUUGCCGGGAAAUGUUAGCUUUCCUAGUCCAACAAACAGUGCGACAAUGUCUCCAGAGAACCAAAAGUCUUUCAUGGAUGGAUUGAACCUUAACAACGUUUCGGCUAACGGACAGUAUCACCAGCGUCUGUUAGUGGCCAACUAGCUUGCUCCCUACUUCAUACAGACUCAGCCCUUGUUUUCCUCGGCUCUCGGAUUCCUGUAGGUCUUGUACUAGGCAUAUGGACUGACUAGUACCGAUGCUAUUUGACUUGAGCAGUUUGUAUGAUGGUAUAUUCAAAUUGUUCUAAUGCGAAAUCCAUCAAUAUGACAUUGGAGAAGGACUAAAACCUAAUGGGAAGCAUUGAUAUGUCAAUUAGGUCUUGUCAUUAAAAAUUUAAAAAAGUUCUAUUCGACGGCAUUGGAUUUUGACUCGACCUUCAAUUUGGUUUUAAUGUUUGUUUAUAAAGACGACUUAAAGAGCUCGGUUCUUUUGUUGUUUGGCUUGAAACUUGAAGUGCUGUUUUCCACAAAAUGUUUCAUGACAGAGGCAAACAUAUUCAUUUCUAUGGUUUGUGUACAUACGUCAUUUAAGCCUUACAUUUGUACGUGUACAGACGUAGUUAUACAUGUACCUCUCACGUGUUAAUGUUUUACAAUUUGCAAACAUGGAAAAUGUACGAGACUAAAGUGAAUUAACGAUCUGCAGUCAUAUGGGAAUGUGUGGUAGAUAUUUAUCAACCUAACGCACAGGCGCAAUCCAUAUAUCGAUGUUCUCUGUAAAUAUAUGUACUCAUCUCGCUAUGUGACAGGUUGAAAUGGCCAUGGCUGUGUUUAUUUCAUACUGCAGACACAUUGACGUCUGCUCUGUGGGAAGUACUUGGUAUUAGCAAUUAGUGAGGCUGCCAAUUGCUGCACAGUGCUCAAGUGUCAGCGGAGCAAAACAUGCCGACUAGGAAGGCUAAUGUCUAUGAAGCAAGAAGACGGGUAUCCGGAUUGAAUCCAUCCAACUCUCAUAAAACAUUAAUCAAAGAGUAAAGAGUUAUUCUGAGUGGUGGAAUACAGAUCUGCAGUCUAAUCGGUAAUGACUUGAUGGUAAAAUGCUUAUGGAGAUAUGUACUCAACAACGGGUAAUCCAAACGGGAAAUGACUCUUUGACAUUACCUCUUCUAACUUGUGUAGCAAAUGUCCCCUUUAAGAUGUCUGGAAUGGGUGACAUAUUGGUGAUAUUGAAGGUAUUGAUCUGCUGUGCCAAACGGCGUAAAAUCAAUAUUGUAUAAGGCCACUUUAUAAAGCACACGGUUUGUAUGCGUGUUAGAUUGUACAACAGAGAGUUUUGCUGUGUAUUGUAAAAUGAAGAGUUGUUUUGUACAUGGUACAGUUAGAUGAAGCAUUUGACAGAUUUGAGGCGACAAUUGUUAUAU